AUGCCAGCUGCAAAGAAAGCGACGGCAUCCGCAGCCUCUACGAAAAAGGCCGCCGCCGCCACGACGAAGAAGCCCGCCCAGAAGGUCGCGCCUGCCAAGACUGCUGCCAAAAAGAAGAUGGAACCCGCGCCCAAACCCAAUGGCGCCGCCGCUGCGUCUAGAAAGCGCAAGGCUUCUGUUGAAGCGACGGGCGAGGUCAAGAGCACCAAAAAGGUCAAAUCGGAGACGCCCGCGCCUCGCGCCAUCGCCGUGCCCAAGUCCAAGCCGAAGAAGGCUUUCCCCGACAUUGGCAAAGCUGUCAACGAAAUCCCUCACGAGAUUCUUGACGUCUACGUGUUUGGCGAGGGCUCGUCCGGAGAACUCGGCCUGGGCAGCAAAAAGGUGAAUGGCAAGAAACCCAUCGACGUCAAGCGACCUCGCCUCAACGAUAAGCUUGAUGCCAAGUCGGUCGGUGUCAUCCAGAUUGCGUGCGGCGGCAUGCACGCUGUUGCCUUGACGCGCGACAACAAAAUCCUCACAUGGGGUGUCAAUGACCAGGGCGCUCUCGGACGCGACACGAACUGGGACGGCGGCCUCAAGGAUAUUGACGGCAACGAUUCCGACUCGGACGACGACACUGACACUGGCAUCAACCCCGUCGAGAGCACCCCCACCGCCGUUGGGGAAGAAUUUUUCGCGCCGGGCACCAAGUUUGUUCAGGCUGUCGCAAGCGACAGUGCCACCUUUGUCCUCACGCAAGAUGGACGCGUGUACGGCUGGGGUACUUUCCGCUCCAGUGACGGUGUUUUGGGCUUCACCGAGGCUAUCAAAAUUCAGCAGCGUCCUAUGCUUCUACCCACCCUCAAGAACAUCACAGCUCUUGCCGCUGGUUCCAACCACAUUUUGGCUCUUGACACCAAGGGCAACGUUGUUGCUUGGGGCUGCGGUCAGCAGAACCAGCUCGGCCGUCGCAUCAUUGAGCGCAACAAGAUGUCGUCGCUGACACCCCAGGGUAUGGGACUCCCUCGCGGCAAGAUUGCCAAGAUUGCCUGCGGUGCCUACCACAGCUUUGCCAUCGACAAGGAUGGCAAAGUCUGGGGCUGGGGCCUCAACAACUUUGGUGAAAUUGGUGUGCAGUCAAACGCCGGAGAAGACGACGCAGUUAUUCUUAAGCCUGCCAAGCUCGCCGACCUCGAAGACCAUGUCAUCACUGACAUAGAUGGCGGUGUUCACCACUCCCUGGCCUGCUCUGAGGACGGUAAGCUCUUCACUUGGGGCCGUGUUGAUGGUUUCCAAGUCGGCUUCGAGUUUGAUGAGCUGAACAAGGAUGAUGUCAUCUUUGACGAGAGAGGUGCCCCCAGAAUCUUGGUGAAGCCAACUGACAACACCGAAGUCUCUGGUAUCUGUGCUGUCACCGCAGGAUCCGACAACAACUUUGCCAUCUCGGAAGACGGCAAGGCAUACUCGUGGGGUUUCUCUAGCAAUUAUCAGACUGGCCAGGGUACCAUUGAGGAUAUCAAGACGCCCACAGAGAUUGAUAACACUGCUAUCCGUGGAAAGCAGAUCAUCGGUGCCGGUGCCGGUGGCCAGUUCUCUGUGCUCUUUGGCAAAGCCGAGGGCCAGACCAAUGGCGCCAAGACGAACGGCACUCACUAA